CGGGGGCUGUGCAGUCAGGGAAGGAGACCGGUUUAGGGCGACCUCGACGCGACCCUGCGGAGGAGGCAACUAACUCCGGGGAAGACGAGCGAGCCCCACACAACUCUCGACCGCCGCAGGGAGGACGACGCGGUGCGCCCGCCGGCGGGCCAAGGGGACGCACGCUCGCGGGCGCUCGCUGCCUUGACUUCCCCAUCCCCGCGCGGGGGAGGGGCCCGAGUGGCGCCGAGGCCGCCGAGCGCAGAAAGUGCGCGAAGGGGGGGACGCGGCUGCGAGCCGCACACGUGACGGCGCCGCGCCAAGCCGAGCGGGACCCGGCGGCGGCGGCGGGCGCAGCGGGGCGGCCCCGAGCGGCGCGGGCGGCCUGGAGCCCCGGGAGCGGCGCGCGCGGCCCCGGCCCAGCCGCCGUCCCGGCCUCGCGCUGCACAUUCUCUCCUGGCGGCGGCGCCACCUGCGGCAGCGUUCGCCCGAACAUGGCGACACGGAGCAGCAGGAGGGAGUCCCGACUCCCCUUCCUAUUCACCCUGGUCGCGCUGCUGCCGCCCGGGGCUCUGUGCGAGGUGUGGACGCAGACGCUGCACGGCGGCCGCGCGCCCUUGCCCCAGGACCGGGGCUUCCGCGUGGUGCAGGGCGAGCCGCGCGAGCUGCGGCUGUGGGCGCGCGGGGGGCCCCGGGGGGCGGACGAGAAGCCGCUCCGGAGGAGACGGAGCGCUGCCCUGCAGCCGGAGCCCAUCAAGGUGUACGGACAGGUUAGCCUGAAUGACUCCCACAAUCAGAUGGUGGUGCACUGGGCCGGAGAGAAAAGCAACGUGAUCGUGGCCUUAGCCCGGGACAGCCUGGCACUGGCGAGGCCCAGGAGCAGCGAUGUGUACGUGUCUUAUGACUAUGGAAAAUCAUUCAAGAAAAUUUCCGAGAAGUUGAACUUCGGCGUGGGAAACAGCAGCGAAGCCGUGAUCGCGCAGUUCUACCACAGCCCCGCGGACAACAAGCGUUACAUCUUUGCAGAUGCUUAUGCCCAGUACCUCUGGAUCACGUUUGACUUCUGCAACACCCUCCAAGGCUUUUCCAUCCCAUUCCGGGCGGCCGACCUCCUGCUGCAUAGCAAGGCCUCCAACCUUCUCCUGGGCUUUGACAGGUCUCACCCCAACAAGCAGCUGUGGAAGUCGGAUGAUUUUGGCCAGACCUGGAUCCUGAUUCAGGAACACGUGAAAUCCUUUUCUUGGGGUGUUGAUCCCUAUGACAAGCCGAACACCAUCUACGUCGAGCGGCACGAGCCCUCUGGCUACUCCACGGUGUUGCGAAGUACAGACUUCUUCCAGUCCCGGGAGAACCAGGAAGUGAUCCUGGAGGAAGUGAGAGACUUUCAGCUCCGGGACAAGUACAUGUUUGCUACCAAGGUGGUGCAUCUCCUGGGCAGUCCGCAGCCGUCUUCUGUCCAGCUCUGGGUCUCCUUUGGCCGGAAGCCCAUGCGAGCAGCCCAGUUUGUCACAAGACAUCCUAUUAAUGAAUAUUACAUCGCAGAUGCCUCCGAGGACCAGGUAUUUGUGUGCGUCAGUCAUAGUAACAGCCGCACCAACUUGUACAUCUCGGAGGCAGAAGGGCUGAAAUUCUCCCUGUCCUUGGAGAACGUGCUGUAUUACAGCCCAGGAGGGGCGGGCAGUGACACGCUGGUGAGGUAUUUUGCAAAUGAGCCAUUUGCUGACUUCCACCGAGUGGAAGGGUUACAAGGAGUCUACAUUGCUACUCUGAUUAACGGUUCUAUGAAUGAGGAGAACAUGAGAUCGGUCAUCACCUUUGACAAAGGGGGCACCUGGGAAUUUCUUCAGGCUCCAGCCUUCACAGGAUAUGGAGAAAAAAUCAAUUGUGAGCUCGCCCAGGGCUGUUCCCUCCACCUGGCCCAGCGGCUCAGCCAGCUGCUCAACCUUCAGCUCCGGAGGAUGCCCAUCCUGUCCAAGGAGUCCGCUCCCGGGCUCAUCAUUGCCACUGGGUCAGUGGGAAAGAACUUGGCAAGCAAGACGAACGUGUACAUCUCCAGCAGUGCCGGAGCCCGAUGGCGAGAGGCACUUCCUGGACCUCACUACUAUACUUGGGGAGAUCAUGGCGGCAUCAUCAUGGCCAUCGCCCAGGGCAUGGAAACCAAUGAGCUGAAAUACAGUACCAACGAAGGGGAGACCUGGAAAACGUUCAUCUUCUCCGAGAGCCCAGUGUUUGUGUACGGGCUCCUCACGGAACCCGGCGAGAAGAGCACUGUCUUCACCAUCUUUGGCUCCAACAAGGAGAACGUCCACAGCUGGCUGAUCCUGCAGGUCAAUGCCACGGGUGCCUUAGGGGUUCCCUGCACGGAGAAUGACUACAAGCUGUGGUCACCGUCUGAUGAGCGGGGCAACGAGUGUUUGCUGGGACACAAGACUGUGUUCAAACGGAGGACUCCCCACGCGACGUGCUUUAACGGAGAGGACUUUGACCGGCCCGUGGUCGUGUCCAACUGCUCCUGCACCCGAGAGGACUAUGAAUGUGACUUUGGCUUCAAGAUGAGUGAAGAUCUGGCAUUAGAGGUCUGUGUUCCGGAUCCUGAGUUUUCUGGGAAGUCAUACUCCCCUCCUGUGCCUUGUCCUGUGGGUUCUACAUACAGGAGAACAAGAGGCUAUCGGAAGAUUUCUGGGGACACUUGUAGUGGAGGAGACGUUGAAACACGGCUGGAAGGAGAACUGGUCCCGUGUCCCUUGGCAGAGGAGAAUGAGUUCAUCCUGUACGCCAUGCGGAAGUCCAUCCACCGCUAUGACCUGGCCUCAGGAGCCACGGAGCAGCUGCCUCUCACUGGCUUGCGGGCCGCAGUGGCCCUGGACUUUGACUAUGAGCAGAACUGCUUGUAUUGGUCUGACCUGGCCUUGGACAUCAUCCAGCGCCUCUGUCUGAAUGGGAGUACAGGGCAAGAGGUGAUCAUCAACUCCGGCCUGGAGACCGUAGAAGCCUUGGCUUUUGAACCCCUCAGCCAGUUAUUGUACUGGGUGGAUUCUGGCUUUAAGAAGAUUGAGGUAGCUAAUCCAGAUGGUGACUUCCGACUCACGAUUGUCAACUCCUCUGUGCUCGAUCGGCCCCGGGCCCUGGUCCUCCUGCCCCAAGACGGGGUGAUGUUCUGGACUGACUGGGGAGACCUGAAGCCAGGAAUUUAUCGGAGCAACAUGGACGGUUCUGCUGUGCAUCGUCUCGUGUCAGAGGACGUGAAGUGGCCCAACGGCAUCGCUGUGGAUGACCAGUGGAUCUACUGGACAGACGCCUACCUGGACUGCAUCGAGCGGAUCACCUUUGAUGGCCAGCAGCGUUCCGUCAUCCUGGACAACCUCCCCCACCCCUACGCCAUCGCCGUCUUUAAGAAUGAAAUCUACUGGGAUGAUUGGUCGCAGCUCAGCAUCUUCCGAGCUUCCAAAUACACCGGCUCUCAGAUGGCGAUUCUGGCGAGCCAGCUCACGGGGCUGAUGGACAUGAAGAUUUUCUACAAGGGGAAGACGACUGGAAGCAACGCCUGUGUGUCCAGGCCGUGCAGCCUGCUCUGCCUGCCCAGGGCCAACAACAGUAAGAGCUGCCGGUGUCCGGAGGGCGUGUCCAGCACUGUCCUCCCGUCCGGGGACCUGAUGUGCGACUGCCCGCAGGGCUAUCAGCGGGAGAACAGCACCUGCGUCAAAGAAGAGAACACCUGUCUCCGUAACCAGUACCGCUGCAGCAACGGGAACUGUAUCAACAGCAUUUGGUGGUGCGACUUUGACAACGACUGUGGCGACAUGAGCGACGAGAGAAACUGCCCUACUACCGUUUGUGAUCUGGAUACCCAGUUCCGUUGCCAGGAGUCCGGGACGUGCAUCCCCCUCUCCUACAAAUGUGACCUCGAGGAUGACUGUGGAGACAAUAGUGAUGAAAGUCAUUGUGAAAUGCACCAGUGCCGGAGUGACGAAUACAACUGCAGUUCGGGCAUGUGCAUCCGCUCCUCCUGGGUGUGUGACGGGGACAAUGACUGCAGAGACUGGUCUGAUGAAGCCAACUGCACCGCCAUCUACCACACCUGCGAAGCCUCCAACUUCCAGUGUCACAACGGGCACUGUAUCCCCCAGCGGUGGGCGUGUGAUGGCGACAUGGAUUGCCAGGACGGUUCUGAUGAGGAUCCCGUGAAGUGCGAGAAGAAGUGUAACGGCUUCCGCUGCCCGAACGGCACCUGCAUCCCCUCCAGCAAGCAUUGUGACGGUCUGCGGGACUGCUCGGACGGCUCCGACGAGCAGCACUGCGAGCCCCUGUGCACGCGCUUCAUGGACUUUGUCUGCAAGAACCGCCAGCAGUGCCUUUUCCACUCGAUGGUGUGUGACGGGAUCGUCCAGUGCCGCGACGGCUCAGACGAGGACGCGACGUUCGCGGGAUGCUCCCAAGACCCUGAGUUCCACAAGGUGUGCGAUGAGUUCAGUUUCCAGUGCCAAAACGGAGUGUGCGUCAGCUUGAUUUGGAAAUGCGACGGCAUGGACGAUUGCGGCGACUACUCUGACGAAGCCAACUGCGAAAAUCCCACAGAAGCCCCAAACUGCUCCCGCUACUUCGAGUUCCAGUGUGAGAAUGGCCACUGCAUCCCCAACAGGUGGAAGUGUGACAGGGAGAACGACUGUGAGGACUGGUCUGAUGAGAAGGACUGUGGAGAUUCACACGUUCUUCCCUCCCCGACGCCCGGGCCCUCCACGUGUCUGCCCAAUUACUACCGCUGCAGCAGUGGGGCGUGCGUGAUGGACAGCUGGGUAUGUGAUGGGUACCGAGAUUGUGCAGAUGGCUCAGACGAGGAAGCCUGCCCCUCGCCUGCAAAUGUCACUGCUGCCUCUACUCCCACUCAGCGUGGGCGCUGUGACCGAUUUGAAUUCGAGUGCCGCCAGCCAAAGAAGUGUAUCCCCAACUGGAAACGCUGUGAUGGUCACCAGGAUUGCCAGGACGGCCAGGACGAGGCCAACUGCCCCACACACAGCACCUUGACCUGUAUGAGCAUGGAGUUCAAGUGUGAGGACGGCGAGGCCUGCAUCGUGCUCUCCGAGCGCUGUGACGGCUUCCUGGACUGCUCAGACGAGAGUGACGAGAGGGCCUGCAGCGAUGAACUAACUGUAUACAAAGUACAGAAUCUCCAGUGGACAGCUGACUUCUCUGGGAAUGUAACUUUGACCUGGAUACGGCCCAAGAAGAUGCCCUCCGCUUCUUGCGUCUACAACGUCUACUACAGGGUGGUUGGAGAGGGCAUGUGGAAGACUGUGGAGACCCACAGCAAUAAAACAAGCAUGAUAUUGAAAGUCUUGAAGCCAGAUACCACGUAUCAGGUUAAAGUCCAAGUGCAGUGCCUGAGCAAGGUGCACAACACCAACGACUUGGUGACCCUGAGGACGCCGGAAGGAUUGCCAGACGCCCCUCGCAAUCUCCAGCUGUCGCUCCACAGGGAAGAGGAAGGCGUGAUUGUGGCCCACUGGAUUCCUCCCGCCCACACGCAUGGCCUCAUUCGAGAGUACAUUGUGGAAUACAGCAGGAAUGCUUCCAGGAUGUGGGCAUCCCAGAGGGCUACCAGUAACGUCACAGAAAUAAAGAAUUUACUGGUUAACACUCCGUACACCGUCCGAGUGGCUGCGGUGACUAGCCGUGGAGUAGGAAACUGGAGCGAUUCUAAAUCCAUUACCACCGUCAAAGGCAAAGUGAUCCCACCACCAGAUAUCCGCAUUGACAGCUACAGUGAGAAUUCUCUAAGCUUCACCCUGACCAUGGAUAGUGACGUCAAGGUGAAUGGCUAUGUGGUGAACCUCUUCUGGGCAUUUGACACCCACAAACAAGAGAAGAUAACUUUGAACUUCCGGGGGAGCAUCUUGUCGCACAAAGUUACCAAUCUGACCGCUCAUACAUCUUAUGAGAUUUCUGCCUGGGCCAAGACUGAUUUAGGGGAUAGCCCUCUGGCGUUUGAGCAUGUCAUGACCAAAGGAGUCCGCCCACCUGCUCCUAGCCUCAAAGCCAAGGCCAUCAAUCAGACUGCAGUGGAAUGCACCUGGACUGGCCCCAGGAAUGUGGUUUAUGGGAUUUUCUACGCUACAUCCUUCCUUGACCUGUAUCGCAGUCCGAAGAGCUCGACUACUUCACUCCACAACAAAACAGUCAUUGUCGGGAGGGAUGAGCAGUAUUUGUUUCUGGUCCGGGUGGUGGUGCCCUACCUAGGGCCGUCCUCCGACUACGUUGUGGUAAAGAUGAUCCCAGACAACAGGCUCCCACCUCGUCACCUGCAUGUGGUUCGCACCGGCAAAACCUCGGCUGUCAUCAAGUGGGAAUCCCCGUAUGAUUCUCCUGACCAGGACCUGUUGUAUGCAAUUGCGGUUAAAGAUCUGAUAAGGAAGAGUGAUAGAAGCUACAAGAUAAGAUCCCGCAACAGUACUGUGGAAUACACCCUUAACAAGUUGGAACCUGGAGGAAAAUACCACGUCAUUGUCCAACUGGGGAACAUGAGCAAAGAUUCCAGUAUAAAAAUCACCACAGUUUCAUUGUCCGCACCUGAUGCCUUAAAAAUCAUAACAGAAAACGACCACGUCCUUCUGUUUUGGAAGAGUCUAGCUUUGAAGGAAAAGCAUUUCAAUGAAAGCAGGGGCUAUGAGAUACACAUGUUGGAUGGAGCCAUGAAUAUCUCCGCUUACCUUGGGAAUACUACUGACACUUUCUUUAAAAUUUCCAACCUGAAAUUGGGUCACAAUUACACUUUCACUGUGCAAGCAAGAUGCCUUUUUGGCAGCCAGAUCUGUGGGGAGCCUGCUGUCCUGCUGUAUGACGAACUGGGGUCUGGUGCGGGUGCGUCCGCGGCCCGGGCGGCCAGGUCUACGGAUGUGGCCGCCGUGGUGGUACCCAUCCUGUUCCUGAUACUGCUGAGCCUGGCGGUGGGGUUUGCCGUCCUGUACACGAAGCAUCGGAGGCUGCGGAGCAGCUUUACCGCUUUCGCCAACAGCCACUACAGCUCCAGGCUGGGCUCGGCCAUCUUCUCCUCCGGGGACGACCUGGGGGAAGAUGACGAAGAUGCUCCUAUGAUAACUGGAUUUUCAGACGACGUCCCCAUGGUGAUAGCCUGAAAGAGCUUUUCCUCACUAGAAACCAAAUGGUGUAAAUAUUUUAUUUGAUAAAGAUAGUUGAUGGUUUAUUUUAAAAAGAUGCACUUUGAGUUGCAAUAUGUUAUUUUUAUAUGGGCCAAAAACAAAAGACAAAAACAAAAAACAAAAAAAAAAAAAAGGAAAGAAAGGAAUGAGUACACUUUGUAGUCAUCAACUGUGAACUUCCAACCAGGUUGAUUUUAGUACCCAAAUUGCUUUAAUUUCAUAUUAAUGUAGUCUUACAGGGCUGUGCUUGCUGGGCAUGCUUUUAAGUCUGUGAGAUCAUUUUGAUUCAAUAAACUGGCCGUUCUUUUUAUUUUUCUAAGACACAGAAAUGUAUUUAAUAGAAAAACUUCAAGAGAGGGUGACGGGUGGGAUCCCUCCCUCCUCCUUGAAGGUGUGCUCAAACUUUAAAUUUCGUUCAGAUUCAGUUUACAUGAAAGUGUGUGUGUUAUAGGGGAAGGUUCUUUCCUGUUACUUUGUUAAUUUAUUGGGACUCUGUAUAAGGCAAGGCUUUAGCGGUCAUCUGACACCAACACUGCCCGUUAGGAACCCCUCGCCUUGUAGGGUCGAGGGGUGGGGAGCCGCAGUAGUUUUGUCACCAUUCCGGAAGUAAUCCAUUUUUAGUCACUCGUGUGUCACCUGAUGGUAUUUGGCAGGAGAGCGCAUUGAGUCAUUGCUCCGUUUCAGUCAAACAGACAGCAGUUUCUUCUCUUACGCUAACUGAGGGAGUCUUACUAUAUGCGCCUUUCACAGCUACAAAAUGAUAACCCUGCUUUAUUACACCCCGGUGUCAUGGCCCUUGCAAAAAAAAAAAAUCACCCGGGUUGUGGGAGAAUCCUAGGUCUGUGCCAUGAUAGAUACACUGGCAGAUAUAGUACCUGCUUUGUCCUUUUUGGCUUUUUUGUUUUUACUCACCACUGAAGAAUCUCGAAUGUAAAAUUUUGUAUUUGUGUUGAGGUGGCCACUUACUGUCUUUAAAAAUCUACACUGAUAUAUGCAGUCAUUUUGAAUUGGGUCAGUGCCUUCUCUCUCUCUCUCUCUCUCUCUCUCUCUCUCUCUCUCUCUUUUGUUUCCUUCCACCUGCUUCCCCCAUACCCCUGCCCAGUUUAAAGAGUCCUGUUCGCUCUUAACAGAGAUACAGGAGAUCGACAAAUCCAAGACCAUUCUAUCCAGUUUGCAGGUGGAACAAGACUAGAGUUCAUUCUCUCUGUAGAACAAGCUGAGCUUUUUUUUUUUUUUUUUCUUCUUCUGCCUUUAAAUGCCACCCUAGUAUUCAGUUCAUGGCCACUUGAUAGGUACGUGGAAUCCAUUGUGGACUGAUGGCCGCCCUUUAGACCUAGCGUCGUAGGCACCAAUGUCCGGCGUUGUUGUGACUCCUACCGUACGGACCUCACUGCAGAACCUCUCAGCCGAGAAGCAGUGAGCUCUGGGGAUAGUCCAAAGUCAUGUUUCUGAAUGUGUGUCCUUUACGUGCGAGCUUUGUAAAAACCCCAUCUCCUCUGGGAUGCUUUACAUCACCUUCUCACAAGUGUUUGCUUUCUUUUAACCGAAAGUAUCAUUCUUGGGUGAUAAUAUAGUUUCGCUCUAGCUGGCGAUCGUCUGGAAAACAAAGAGCCAAUUCCAUUUUUUUCGUUCUAAAAGUUUUAAUUUAUAUAUGUAUAUAUAUUCAGGGAGGAGCGUCUUAAACUAUAGACAUGUAGCAUGUUGCGUGGGUAAGGCUCCCUUUUAUUUUAACACGUGGUGGUCAUGACGAGCCUCCUUCCACAUUUUCUCCCUUCUUUCUCUCUCCUUUGUUCCUUUUUCAAAGAAUGGAAGUUCUUUGGUUUUAUCUCGUGUUGUCUUGGGGUUUUGUUCGGAACUCCAAGGCCUACCCCCCACCCCCACCCCCACCCCCACCCCUUUAGUGCAUCUCUUUUAGUAGCUCAAAGAUGAACAGUCUGGUGGGAGGCAAGUCGUUUAAUUGAACCCCUAGAAAGUAUGUUUUCUUCUUCUCUUUUUCGGCCAACUUUUUGGUGGCAUUUGUGAAAGCUGAUAUAAAAGGCUCUGAGACUUUAUUUUCAGUUAUUCUGUAGGCAGGCCUUUGUUUACAGGGCCUGUGUCUCCAGUUGGCAACUUGAGAUAUACCUGAGCUUCCAAUUCUCGUCGCCAGCGCCUCCCAGUGCUUAGCGCACAGUACUGUAUAGACCGGCCACCACCCCUCUCCUCGGAAAACGCCACUGUGCUGUUUGAGAAAAAGCAGCCUUUUCGGGCUAGAGUAUUUUAUAUACACAGAAGAGCUAAGUUUCUGAAGACUAAGCUAGGUAGAUACAGCUAUGUGCAAAUUGUAUAUUUUUAUGAACUUUUGAAGCACCCACUCUUCCUUCCCUCCGCGUAGCUUUGUGGGGUUGUGGUGUGUAUACGCUGUCUGCAGGAGUCCAGAGGUUGGAGUGACCAUAGGAAAUGAGAACGCAAACUAUGUGCAGCCUUUGAACGUGACCAGAUCAUUGUCUUCCCUGUGACCAGUUGGAGCCCCUGGUUGUUUGUGAAGAAGGGGCUUUGUACCUCGUUGGAGAUGCCACCUCAAAAGUUCACACCGUACAGGAAAAGAGUUCUCUUCUCUCCCAGCGCACACGUUAAGGUGUCAGCAGCCCGCAUGCACGUGGACCACGACGGACCACGAACGGACCGCUAAAAUUUGGCAGGCAGGGGCACUGUGUACAGAGUUUUCUCCGGAAGCUGACUUUGCCCCUAUGGGUAUCGAAUGCCCCUCGAGUCUGAGGAGACACGGGUCCAUGCGGAUGACAUGACAAAGAGGAGAAUUCUGCAGAGGAGUCUGGGGAGAAGCCACGUCUAUGCAGGCAUUUCCAGACAGGUGAGAAGUUCCAGUAACUCCUGGCUGCCCCGGCAUACUGGGUACAUGGUUAUGAUGCCGGGAAACUGGUGGAAACUUGGGACUUUGGGGACAGAGGUUCCUGGGGUUCCAUCUCUGCUAGUAUCUCUAGGGAUAUUUGGGUGGAACGGGUGUGGGACGCAGAGCUGCAUGCUCUCUCCUGCCCAUCAUCCCGGCCUACUAGGUUAAGCUACGCUUCAGCCUGUUAAGGAACGUAACCCUUCUCAGCGGCCAUUCUGGGGGAACUGGGGAGGGCGAUGUUGUGGUGAGGCUCUUGUAGAUAACCACCCACCUCCCCUGGGAGAAUCUUACCUUCCAACAUCCACCCGGCGGUCACUCCCUCUUAUAAGAUGAUAGUCCCGGUACUUCCUUAAGGGCAGAAACCUCAUCUUGGUAGGUUUGGGUGGUCGCUUUCCUACUAAGGGGAUCAUGGUGAAUCUCCGAGAAGAUUUUUCUCUUCCUUCGGCAGAGUUGGGAGACCCCCUCACUCAACGGGUCCGGGAGAGAAAUCAACCGAAUACCAUCUCCAUAUUGAUUUUCCAAAUUGACCCUCAAACCCUGUGCGGAAUCUUCACUUUGUUGAGAUUGUAUCUUGACAUUCCUAGCAUGUUAUUUUUCUUAACUGGAGUGUGUGCUGCCUUUCAGGUACCAUUUUUGUGUAAUAAAAGCCAGUGCAUUAAGUUCAUAUAGGCUACUUUCUAUGCAAGACUGAGAUAUGGAAUAGAUAGCAAGAGGUAUGCGUAGUCGGGUACAUGGACAAUGAGCACCUUCUCGGAAUGGGAACCACCACUGAACGUGGCUUGAGGGAGGAUAGGUUGUGCGUAUGUUCCUGCCCACCGAUUUUGAGCAGCCGUGUUAGGAAUUAAAUCCUCAGAGCCAAGUAACCCAAGAAUAGUAUUUGUCUCAUGUACAGUAACGCAAAUGGAAUAAGUAUGAAUGCUGAGGGAACAUUAUUCUCGGAUAUUCCAUGUCGUUUCUCAUCUGAAGACUCUUGUUACAAAUUAUUAGAAACUUUACGCAAAAUCGAAAGCAUUGGAAGCAAAACAGAGGCCGACUCUGCUCUCAUUUAAAGUGAAACACCGUAUACUUGUUUCUCCCCGAGGUGACAUUAGGCAUUUAUGAUUUCGAUUGCCUUGAUGCGUUUCCAAAUCACCAAUUUAUGCUGAAGAUUUUACUAUAUUGUUGCACAGUUUUACGAUAAUUUUUUGUCUCAAUGUCAACUUUUUUCACUGAAUAAAGAUUUAACUGGGUGAAGGAGACACCUAUAUGAGAACCCA